AUGGAGGGUGAGCUGAAAGGAAAGUCCAGGAGGAAGAGGAGCAGGAGGAGGAGCAAAGGACGGAGCCUCGUCAGUCCUUUGAAGCUCUGGGAUGCUGGAGCAUCAUCAGCCGAGGACGCAUACAAUUCAAGUACCAGCAGCUUGGAGGUGAAAGAGAAUCAGGACGAUGAAAGCCAAGUGGAGCGUGACCUCGUACAAAAGUAUCAUCCAUCAACUUUUUGCACAACGUUCCCCAGACGUGCACCAAGAGGCCUGAAGAGGAAGCAGCCGCUGGCCGACGGAAAAGACCGGCUGCUCUACCACUCCACUUGUAAAAGAGCCUCCUGGGCCGUGACGCAGAAGAACGCCCUGGUGCAGCUGAAUGAGUUACGACCGGGUCUGCGGUACGAGAUCACGUCCAGAACCGGCCCGCUGCACGCUCCAGUGUUCUCCGUAGGAGUGGAGGUUAAUGGUUUCUGCUACGAGGGCCAAGGAUCAACAAAAAAGCAGGCCAAGAUGAGGGCUGCGGAGGUGGCUCUCCAGUCCUUCAUCCAGUUCCCCAACGCCUCCCAGGCUCAGGCCUCCAUGGGGAACUUCACCAGCACAGCAGAUGAACUGGAUUUUACAGCAGAUAAACUGGACAUCCCAUUUGAACCAUCGCUGCUGCAACACUGCGACCUCCUGCACUGCAACGCAGCAAAGCAGGAGGUCUUCUCCAGCAUCUACAGCCACACGCGACUUGUCCGACUCACGCUGGACUUGUUUUCCUCAACGAACCCAAAAAGAAGAGCCGUCAGCGCCUCACUCUUCGAACACCUGAGUGCGGUGGCGCUGCUCAACCAGCUGCGACCGGGACUCAGGUACAUGUGCCUGACGGAGAGGGUCCACGGCCGGCCAGCCAGGAGUUUUGUGAUGGUGUUGAGGCUGGAGGGGAGAGUGUUUGAAGGGUGCGGUAACAAUAAGAGGACGGCCAAGGCUCAGGCAGCAGCAGCCGCCCUGCAGGCUCUCUACGGUAUCAGUCUGGGACCAGAGAGGAAGUUACUGGGCUUCCAGGGCAGCAGGACCAAAAAUCAGCUACCUCAGUUCUUUGCAGAGUCGAUCUUCCACUUGGUGAGAGAGAAGUUCACAGAGCUGACCGACAGCUGUUUCUCUACCUCGAACGUCCGACACAAAGUUCUGGCCGGAAUCGUGAUGACCAGAGGCUUCGACCUCCGAUCGGCCAACGUCGUGUCUUUGGCCACCGGAACCAAAUGUCUGGACUCUGGACAGCAGGAGGACGACGUCGGCUGGACGCUCAGCGACUGUCACGCUGAGACCAUCAGCCGGAGGGCGCUGGUUCGAUUCCUGUACCGUCAGCUGGAGCUGCUGCUCUGUAAGCCAGGGGACGGUGAGGAAUCGUCCAUCUUCGUACCAAAUAAAGGCUGCAGCGGCGUCUUCCGGCUGCAGGACGGUGUCCUCUUCCACAUGUACGUCAGCUCAUCGCCCUGUGGAGACGCUCGACUCAACUGUCCCUACGAGGCCAUCAGUGCAUAUCCCAGCAGGAGGUUUCGCUGCCACCUCAGGGUGAAGGUAAACGGAGGCGAGGGGACGCUGCCCGUCACGGCCAAUCACAGAUGGGACGGGCUGUUGCCGGGUAAACCUCUCGUCUCCAUGUCCUGCACAGACAAAAUGGCAAAGUGGAGCGUGGUGGGCCUCCAGGGUUCCCUCCUGUCUCACCUGGUGGAGCCGGUCUACCUGCACAGCCUGACAGUGGGCACGCUCAGUCACACGGGUCACCUGGCCAGAGCCAUGAAACGCCGCCUGGCGCCCGUCAAACACCUGCCGUUUCCCUACCGACGACAGCCGCUGCUGCUCGGCUGUCUGAGCAGCAGGGAGGUUCGUCCAGCAGGGAAACCUGUCGGCAUCAGCGUUAACUGGAGCUGUGGAGACGAAGGCCUGGAGGAGAUCAGCACCUCCACGGGGAGGAGGAAGGACUCAGGGACGCCGUCACGACUCUGCAGGCGCUCAGUGUUCGUCCGAUGGCUGAAGCUGCAGCAGCAGUUAAACAGUUCGUUUUCGGGCGCCGAGGACGCUCUGGCCACAUAUUCUGCUUCCAAGAUGGCCGCCGGACGCUACCAGAGGGCCAUGCAGCAGUUCAGCAGUGCUCUGCAGGGAGGCGGUCUGGGAACAUGGCUCAGGAAACCUCCAAAGCUCCAAAACUUCAGCGUGUGA